GUCUUUCUUGAUGAAUUUACAGCUUCAUCAUAAUUCGAGGUUAUAAGCCGAGAUUUCCAGUUGAGCAACAGAAUAGGAUACUGAAUCUCUGUUCAAACAUAUCUGAACCUCUUCUGCGACUGCUGUACUCGCCUUUUACACGUGACGGCGCAGUAUCAACUUUGAGUUGAUUUACUUUUGUCUUGGCCAAUACCUUCAAGCUUCAACUUGUCGCAAAGCAUCUGAGACCUCACAAACUAUCUCAGAAAACCUCAUAUAGGAUUCAGUACUCAUGGCGGCCUCACUUCCACCCGACCUGCGGGUUCUAUGCCGCAAACUCACCUCCAUUCCGCCAACUCAGCUUCCUCAUGCGCUGCCAUCUCUCAUCAACCACAUCCUACACUGCAAGGAGCCAUUGUCGGCGCCUUCGGACCGCAAGGUCAAGGAUAGCUCCCCGGAAGCCGCUCAGCUUGUCCAUAAGCUCAAGGCGAGUAUUACCACUCACUUGAACGGACGAAGUCGCGAGGCUAGAUUCGCUGCAGUUGCUCUAAUCAAGACUGUGGUUGACGUUGGUGGGUGGGAGAUCCUACGAGGUUGUCAACCAUGGGUCACUGGACUCCUGUCUGUAGUUGAGAAAAGCGAUCCCAUUACUUCAAAGGAGUUGGCCAUUGUGGCUCUUACACGCAUCUACAUCUCAGUCCAUCCAUAUCAGACCCUUGUCCGCGAGAUUGCCACACCAACAAUCCCAACAUUUGUUACAGCUUGCAUAAAGCUCAUCAGCUUGCCCAAGAACGGCGAAAAGCUCCAAACGCCCCUAUCUGUCAUUGAGACUAUUUGCGACGCUUUAUCAGCCUUGAUUCCGCUUUACCCAACAACCAUUCGGCCUUCAAACUCCAAGCUCAGAACAGCAGUCAAGCCUUAUCUUGUUCCUACACAAUCAGAUGAGACUGUCAUUCCACAAAGUCUUCAGCGAGCUUCGCGAAAAAUUGUUAUCUCGCUUCACCAUGUUGCGGCCAAGUCAGGAGGUAGUGAUGAGUGGGCCAAGCUGAUCGACACUCUCCUGAAGGAGUUGCACUCUACAGCUGACCAGGUCCUGAGAGCCGUUGAAGAGUCAUGGGAGGGAACAAGCGGCUUCACUCGAUCGCAAGUUGAACUCGAUAAUGAGCCGAACGGUGGUGGCUUAUCUGCGGACGAGCUCCCAGCAUGGUCAGGAACCAACGCUGGGGCUGAUCGUUUAAUUGGCCUCUUCCAGUAUCUUUCUGAUUGUCUGCGAUAUCCUACCAAGGCGCCCGUCACGAUACCCACCAGCGCACUUGUUGACGCUGCAUCUCGGUUACUUCUCAUAGCCAGACUCUCGCCCAGGUCCCAAACAUGGGAUCAAGCGCUUCAGACCAACGCUGCGAUUGCCAGGGAAGAGAAGGAAGAACUCUGGGCUGCGCUACCAGAUAUUCACAUCGCUGCUCUGCACCUCAUUGAAGCCUUGUUCCAGCGUUUGGGUCAGAACGCUGUGUCUAUUGCCCCAGAGGUCCUUGACCACCUUGUCCGAGUAUUCAAGUCAGGAAUCAACCUUCCCACAGUCCGAAAGACCGGAUACACUGUCCUCAAAGAGAUCUUGCUUAUCUCUGGCCCAACACUAUCCAAGCCUUCGGUUGGUAGCUUAGACCCUGUAUUUGGCGCUUGCUGUCGUGACUUGCAACAAGAUGCAGGUCACCUUAGAGAGGCUGAGAAGCCAGCGGCAACUGGCACCGACAGUAAGAAGAACAGCAUCGCCGCCAACGCUGAUCUUUUCCUUCAGCCUCAAGCCGCCGCCGUUAUCUCAACCCCUUCCCUAGAGUCCAAGCACAGGGCCGCUGCUGCAAAGCUCUUGCCCGUUGUUCUGUCAAAAGUACCACAGCGACAUCUCAAGCCUUCUUUGCGUGGUCUCGUUGACCAGACAGCUAUCUUGACAAAUAGCCGUGACGCUAUGCUGGCAAGUGUUCUCAACCCAUACAAGGACCAACGUGGUAGAGUGUACCCUAGCAUUCUUCCCCAUCUUACUCAGCAAUUCCCUGAUGACAAAGGUCUUGAGAUUCUGCGCACCAACAUUCGUGCGGGUGCUCAGAGUCUCGCUGAGGGUGAAGAGCCAUUAGAGGCUCUCUCUAUCGAAGAGGAGCAAGAUGAGGAGAUGAAGGAUGGUGAUGUCGAGGAGCAAGACGCAGUGCCUGAAAAGAAGGGUGACUUGUUCAAGCCAGGAGCACUGCCCACAGCUCCACAUGCCGAGAAGAAUCUCCCCAUUCAGGGCAAUCCAUUUGCCCCUAUCGAGAAGGCUGCUCCCUCAACUGAGAAUGCCUUCGCACGGGCAUCCUCACCGCCAAAGCGAAAGCACGAAGGUUCAGAUUCUGCACCUCCGAAGAGACAGGUUCUGGAAAAGUCCUCUUCUCCUGACCGUGUUCUCCCAGCGCCUAUUCAAAGGGCCCCAGUUGUGGCCAAGGAACCUGAAGAGGAAGAGGAUGACGACGAUGAUGAUGAGAGCGUUCAUCUCAAUAUGGAACUGGACGAUGAAGAUGAAGAUGAAGAUGAAGAUGAGGACUAGCCAUUUCACGGGACAUAGAAGA